CUCGACUGUAUUAGUGUAUACGUGAGGAAAUUAUCGUUUUUCCGCCUCUAUAAUCUACACAAGGUUAUUUGGUAGAAGCGAUAUAUAAGACAAAAGUUUGAGUCUUCAUAAUUUGUGAUAAAAAGCUGAUGAAAUAUCUUCUGAUAUACUUCCGUCUUAAUCGGGAUUCCUGUGUGUCGACUUAUAACACUGCCAACACUGGCGGACUGUCCGGUUCCUCGGUUUGUACAGAUCGAUAAGGCAGAUCAGUUACUGAUAGAGGGAAGAAGUGUUUCUUACUAUUCGACAGGAAAGGGAUACUGCAUAUUUGUUAUGGUACUACAUAUCAUAAUAAUGCGGGUGAUUUGUACGGUUGCUUUAUUUUGCUCGCAGCUAAAAACGGUGUUGGCUGCAAAAGAGCAAAUUACACCGAAGAACCAUUUGACUUUGGAUGAUUGGAGAGAUGUGAAUGGCAAACAAGGCGAUGUGAAAGAAACGUGGAGCCCUUCAAGCGAUGGCAAAGAAAUCCUUACAGCAGUCGGUAAACGUGGUGGUGCAAGCUGGUUCAUUACACCGAAACUGGAUUUACCGAAAACGUCGUAUCUCAAUAUAUCAGCAUCAUGCACACUUAAUUGCCAAUUAGAACUUUAUGGACAAAAUGACUAUUCUGCAAAGACAAGCAAAUUCCAACCUAUAGAAAACGCAACGUUUAGCAACAAAACUACGAAAAUCAUCACAAUCAACACCAGGAAGUCUUACUCUCUUUUACGUAUUCUUGCACGGAUUCCGUCGUCGUCAUCAGGAAAGGAAAGCAGAUUCACUAUUUACUCUAUCAACAUGUAUUAUUAUUACUGUGAAGAAAAGACUGAAUAUAACACAACUUUAAGAAGAGUGAACUCAUCCACAGAAGACAUUGAUAAAACGGUUCAAUGUCAAGAUAAUUCUGUUUCAAGCAACGGUGGAAAUAACAGUAACAUAAUAGCAAAGUGUACACCGCAAGGAGCCUGGGACUUAGAUAAUGAAACAUGUGAUUGUUUAAAAGGGUUUGAAGGUUCUGUUAAGUGUUUUCGUUGUCAAAAAGACUUCUACAAAACUACUCUUGGAGAUUCACCAUGCCAAAAAUGUCCUUCGGGUAAAACAAACAAUACGAUGCACACAGAAUGUGAUUGUUUAAAACGUCAUUAUAUUGGAGAUGAUGAUAAUGGACCAUGCUAUGCGGUUCCACCUGCAGUCGAGGAGUUGAUGGUUAAAAAGGGAAAAACGUCAGUUAAACUUACUUGGAAGAAACCAGAAGUUGACCAAUCGUUGUUACAUAUUGGAAAUUUGACAUUUACCAUCGUAUGUGAUAAUUGCAACAGGUCAAGAACUACAUUUUUUCCAGCCAAAACAAACUUAACAACGACGUUCAUAAAUAUCUCUGGAUUGGUAACCAACAAGUCCUAUACGUUUAAGGUGUUUACAAUGAACAGUCUGAAAAAUGUCACUUGGAAUUAUGCUGAGCAAUCUGUCACACUUCCAGAUUACCCAAACCCAACAACACCGUCUUUAGUAACAAAGGCUAACCCGGGUGUUACCAAAAUUGGCGGAUUAGAAGGUGGAUUGAUAGGCAUUGCUUCUACAAUUAUUUUUGCUGUCGUUGCAUGUCUUUUCAUGCGACGAAUUCGAAAAAAACAGCGCGAGCGAUCUGUAAAGGAGCCUGAACCACCACCAAUUCCCUCAAAAUCGACAACGCUUGAACUGAAAACUCAUGUAAACAUCGUUGCAGAGAGUCACACUCGUGUCGAUAUAUUGAAAGACUGGGAGAUCUCACCAAAUGAUCUGAAGGUGCUGGACAAAAAUCUAGGAGCUGGUCAGUUUGGAGUUGUAAAACAAGGCUUAUAUACACCUAAAAAUAGCGAUCCAGAGAAAGUUGCUAUAAAAAUGCUGAGAGAAAACGCCACGGAAUCGGAUCUGGUGGAUCUGCUGGCUGAGAUAAAGAUCUUGAAAGAAGCGAACAAAGAACAACACCCAAAUAUCAUAAAAUUCAUUGGAAGCUGCUCAUUAAGAGGGAAACUUCUCAUGGUAACGGAGUUUUGUCCUGGAGGAAAUCUACGAAAAUUUCUGAUCAAAAGUAGAAUCAGCAAUAACCCGAACACUACAACGUCAGAUUAUGUCAAUAUAGUUUCGGCGUUGAGCCAUCGUCAUUUGUUGAAAUUAGCUGCUGACGUUGCAAGUGGAAUGGUUCAUCUUUCCUCACAAAAUUUUCUUCAUCGGGAUUUAGCGGCCAGAGAAUGUAUUCUUCUUGGUGAAGAGAAUGUGGCAAAAAUAUGUGACUUUGGUUUGGCCAGAGAUGUUGGAAGUACUGAGGAAUAUAUACGAAAUACUCAGAAUCUUCUUCCAGUGAAAUGGAUGUCCUUGGAAAGUUUAUUUGACGGUGUCUUCACAACUGCAAGUGAUGUAUGGAGCUUUGGUGUUCUUCUCUAUGAAAUUACAACUCUCGGUGAGGAACCAUACAAGAACAUUCCACCACGUGCUGUUAUCACUCACGUGGAAUCGGGAGGUCGAAUGUCAAAACCUCCACAUUGCUCCAAUGAGGUAUAUGAAAUAAUGUCAAAUUGUUGGAAAAUUAAUCCAAAAGAGCGACCCACUUUCCCAGAAAUAUUGCAGGCUCUACGUGAUAUGCUGAAUGAUAGCGAGCGUUCGUACAUUAAUGUUACCCAUGUGGAAGACGAAUCUCGGUUUGUUUAACCAUGUAGUCUAAUGGAGUGGUCAAGAUGGAAGGCAUAUUAGAAAAUACAUGAAAAAACGUUUUUUAUAAAACGUAAAGGGUAUAGAACAUGUAAAAAGCCAUCUUCAAGACCAAGAAAUCUUUCUCAAUUAUAGCUAAUAUAGACCUUUGUUUGAAGUAUGUUAUCUAUAGAAUAUUAUAGGCCUAGGUAACGUCUUGUUUAUUACAUAAU